GGGCGGGGCCUCGUGUGGGCAGGGCCGAGGCGAGGCCCCGGCGGCCAUGUUGAGUCCCCGCCUUUCCCUUCCGACUGUUCCUUUUGUCUACUCCGCGGCAGCCGCCCGAGGAUCAUCUUCCCUUUGGUGCAGGCAAAAAAGCAAGUAGCAAUUGGACAGGAGAAAAAUGGCACUGAAGCAAAUUUCCAGCAACAAGUGCUUUGGGGGAUUGCAGAAGGUUUUUGAACAUGACAGUGUUGAAUUGAAGUGCAAAAUGAAAUUUGCUAUUUAUUUACCACCAAAGGCAGAAACUGGAAAGUGUCCUGCACUAUAUUGGCUGUCUGGUUUAACUUGCACAGAACAAAAUUUUAUAUCAAAAUCUGGUUAUCAUCAAGCUGCUUCAGAACAUGGUCUUGUCGUCAUUGCUCCAGAUACCAGCCCUCGUGGCUGCAAUAUUAAAGGAGAAGAUGACAGCUGGGACUUUGGCACUGGUGCUGGAUUUUAUGUGGAUGCCACCCAAGAUCCUUGGAAAACUAACUACAGGAUGUAUUCUUAUGUAACGGUGGAGCUUCCGCAACUCAUCAAUGCCAAUUUUCCAGUGGACCCCCAAAGGAUGUCUAUUUUUGGCCACUCCAUGGGAGGCCAUGGAGCUCUGAUUUGUGCUUUGAAAAAUCCUGGAAAAUACAAAUCUGUGUCAGCAUUUGCUCCAAUUUGCAACCCAGUGCUCUGUCCUUGGGGCAAAAAAGCCUUUAGUGGAUAUUUGGGAACAGAUCAAGGUAAAUGGAAGUCUUAUGAUGCUACCCUCCUUGUGAAGUCCUAUCCAGAUUCUCAGCUGGACAUACUAAUUGAUCAAGGGAAAGAUGACCAGUUUCUUUCAGAUGGACAGUUACUCCCUGAUAACUUCAUAGCUGCCUGUACAGAAAAGAAAAUCCCCGUUGUUUUCAGAUUACAAGAGGGUUAUGAUCAUAGCUACUACUUCAUUGCAACCUUUAUUAUUGAUCACAUCAGACACCAUGCAAAAUACCUGAAUGCAUGAAAAACUUCAGAUAAGAGAAUCUCUUCAGGAUUGUAAAAGUCAUAAAAACAGAAUUGCCAAGCAAAAAAAGAUUUUAAAAUGUUGGAUUUUAUAAUGAUAUAAUGGGCCUUAUUCUAUAGUUAAAUCACCUCUGAAUAAAGAUAUAAAGCCUA